AUGGAUAGUGCAGGUAACGUCCCAGGAACGAACGGUAAUAACGGUGUACAACUGGGCGAGAUGGAUCCAAGCCAUACUUUUGAAGGGGCCGGUCUACCUUCCGAAAAUGGUCUACACAUGUAUAUGACGAAUAGGGUGUCCCCCGCUGGGUACUCACUCGAAUCCUCGAUGAAACGCACUGCAUCUAUACAAAAGCCAAAGCGGAAACAGCCUAAAAAAUCGAGAAGUAAGAAUGCAGCGACAAAUAACACAGAUAUACACAAUGCAGGGAUGCGACAAGGGUUUACCCCGCAGUCUGCCUCCAUAAUGGCCCAAGGAGCCCCCCCAGUUGACGGUGCUACUGGCCGUGCUGAUUUUCAAUCACAGACACAACCGGAACCCGUGUACGAUCCAAAGUUGGUCGUUUCUGAUGCAAUGGCCGGAAACUCGAGGCAGCUUCUCUACGCACAUAUCUACAACUACCUAUUGGAGAAUCGACAUUACGACACUGCGAGACAGUUCAUCAGGGAGGCAGAUAUACCGAUCUCAAAUCCAGACGAGCCGUCGAACAACACAAACAAAAACUCCAGUAGUAACCAGAAUAAUAUAUCACAAAAACUGAAGAACCUGCCGACAGAUCAUCUCCUGAGGUCUAAAAUGGUGAUAAACUCACCAGACACUUUCUUGCUGGAGUGGUGGCAGCUGUUCUACCUCCUUAACGACUUUGUGGAAAAUUCACCCAUGGAUCUUCUUCACAAUAUUGAACACCCAAAGUUUGAUUACGUUCACCCAUUGUUUACGCCAGGGGAGAACACGAACAGACCAGAGGUAAACUCAAAUUCAUUCCCCAGUAUGCCACAAAUAAAACACAGCAGGUACCGCCCACGGGGGGACCCCCCACUGCCAAUGAACCAACAACCGGCACAAUACCCACAAAAGCCAUACGGGAACUUUCCAAACGCAGAAUUUCCGGGAAAACAUCCAAUGAUGAACACUUCUAUAGGCAAUGUGUACCGCCAAGGCUCCUCAGAGGGGAGCACGGACUCUGCCACUAUAGAGAAUAAAAGAGCAAGGAGCAUCAGGUCAAAUUCAACUGACAGUCAACAUACGGUCCCAAUAUCCACCGGCAAUCCAGGAAUUUCAUUAAACGCCCAGCAACAGCCGAAUAUACCAGCUGGAAUUCAGGAUCCGAACAAGAGGAUUCCCAGCGCUGGGCCCACAAUGAUGAGAAAUAGUGGACCGUUGCCACAGCAAAUGAGUAUACAGCAACAAAUACAACUACAGCAGAUGCAACAAAGCGCGCAGAUGGCUGGAUCCCCUGUCGCUUUUUCUAAUCAACAAGUACCUAACAUGGUCCCCAAUCAUCAAAGUCAACCACAACAGAGACCAACAAUGCAUCAACGACCCGUUCCACAGGGCCAAGUACCGCCGCCCCAACAACAUCAGCAGCAAAUGCAGCUUCAACAUCAACACCAGCAACAACAGCAACAGCAGCAGCAACGUUCAUCGACAUCUACUCUACCCCUAACACCACACCAGCAACAAAUGUAUUAUGCUGAGAUGGCAAACAUGAUGAAACAUCAAAGACAGCAGCAGCAACAACAACAGCAACAGCAACAACAGCAGCAACAGCAAAUACUACAGCAUGUCCAGCGCCAAAAGACAGCUGAUAAUCCAAGAAAUGCUGCAGCUAUCAUGCAACAAAUGUUUGAAAGAAUGAACGCAAGAAAUAUGCCGAAUAACAGCAAUGGUGGUGCUGAUAUGAAUGCAACUCAUAUGAACCCGAACAUGCAGCACAUGUCCGACCGGGCAAAGUCUCAGUACGCUCCCACUGCAACUUCUGUUUUUGCGAAUCCUAACAUCGGGACCCCAAACAUGGGUGGUGGCAUGAACGCUGCAGAAAUUCCUAAUUUUCCAAACCCCGGUUAUCAGCCUGGGAUGAAUAUGAACUUGGAAUCGGAGGCUAUAGGUGACUCAAGCAUACAACAGCACUAUGAAUCGAUGUUAAAAAAAUGGUUAGCACAACAACAACAGCAGCAGCAGCGACAACAGCAGCAACAGCAGCCUUCACUUCCCAACCAAUCUCGUAUGUCAUAUGUCGACCAAAAUGCGCAUAUGUUUGGUCCUGCGACUAACAUGCACGAUAUCAAUAAUAAAAACAGUAGCGGAAUGUUACCCAUGAAUAACUCUUAUAAUAACGAGGACAUCGAUCUCCAGCUGUUCAAUUUUGGUCACUUGAACUCUCAGGUGCUGAUGAAUUACAAAAAUGGAGUCUCAAAUAGUUACGGUAACAACAGUCCACAUAACGCUACUACUGCUGCUACUAAUGAUGAUGAUAAUGAUGAAAAUAAUAAUAACAUUAAUAAUAAGGCCACCACUAAUAAAAACAAAAAACAGUAA